AUAAGGCUAAUUUCAUGCAUUGGUUAUGUAGUGAAAAACAUCACAUUUCUGCUGGAUCUAACAAGUUUUGUUAAGCCAGGUGUGUGUGUAGCGCUAGAUCCAGGAGAUGCUGGAGGAGGAUAUCUAGCGAGGAGCAGGAACGGAAUCACGAGGAAAAGCUAGAGGAAGGAAGCCAAAAGCUGAGGGCAAUCAAGUCAAUCAAUACCUCGCUGGGCCCCACCUCGAAGCUUAUAAAUAAAGGAGUGCGCAACAAGAAUGGCAGAUCGGUUACACUCCACACACAGUCACGCUCUUAGCACACACACUAGGGAAAUGGGAAAUUUGGGGUGGUUUUCGUUUUCGUGAAUUACGUAUCAGUGCACCACCGUCCCUUGAGGGCGAAGAAACAAUUGUUCUCUUAAUUUCUGUUUACUACUCUGUUCCGUCUCGAACUUCACGUUUGGAAGUCGAGCUUGUUGUUUUGUUGCUGAAUCAGUUUAUCCGUUCUGUUUACGUUUGAUUUGCCUUGAUGAAGUUGGAUUUCGUGUUGAUUAUUAUGACGCUUGCUAUUUUGGUUUGUUUAUUUGAGAUGUUCUCUUGAAUUUGUUGCUGAAUAUUUUAGGAGAUUCGAGAAUCGUGGUAUUGAAGUUGUGUUCGGUUGGAUUUUUGUUCGGAUGCUUGGAUCCGGAGUGGAUUUAGCAUCCGAAGUGUGGAUCUGAACAGGGGAGGUGAAAUUUGUGCAUGAGAUUAUGGGGAUUUUGUUCUGCUUGGUUUGCUUCGUCUAGUAGUGUGAUUUCCGUCGUUGUUUCGUUUACCGUUAAAAUUAUGUUUCCAAUCUACAUCUGAGUUUGUUUUUCUCGAUCUCUGCAUUUAUUUGUGUUCGUUGAAGAAGAUGAAGUCAUUUUCAGUUGAUGCUUUAGUUAGUUAGGCUGCAGAUUCGAUUCUGUCCGUACUUACCUUUUUCAGAGUUUGGUCCCCACUUGUUUUAAUCUCCUUGGUCUAGAGAUGUUCGUAGAAGUCCCAGAUCUAGUAGUUGAUUUGAUUUAGUUCUUAUACAUAAUUCAUUUUUUGCCUAGAUCUAGCAGUUAGCAUAGCAUACUUUAUUUCCAAAUUCACUUAGUUAAAUUCCUCAACCCAAAAUAUGCGUGGCAGCAGCCAACCCAAAAAUAGUUUCCAAUUCUCUACGCAUGUAUUUUACGAGUCCAUCUCUGUGGGAUCGAUCCCUACUUCCCUGUGCUAGUUUAGUAUCUGUGGUUGAGGGUUUUGAAGGUUUGCUUGCGUACCAACGACCAGACUUCCAGUCUUGUGAGUCUCUAGACCUUGUGAUCUAGUUGAUUUACUGGAUCUAGGAAGUGUGUAAUUAGAAAUUGAUAGGAUACAGCAAGCAAGAAAAUCAACUCUUCAAAUGGCGCCGUUGCCGGGGAUGGAUGGCGUAGUUUGUUUAUGUGUUUAGAGAUUUGGUGUAAAUAGUUUUAAUCUUUUGAAUUUCGCUUUUGGCAGUUUAUGAGCAAGGGCUCAAGGUCAGGAAUCUGGAGCAACCCAUCUUGGUCAAGGAACGUGCAGUUGAAGUGGCAAGUUAAGGAAUCAACAUCCGCCAUAACUACCAGAUCGGGGUUGUCAACUGUAGAUCCAUUUCCGUUUGAAUCAGGGAGUGAAGAAGAGUGGAAUUCAUCGGGGAAAGAGGAUUCACGGUCGUCGUCAGAAACUGAGCAUUCGGAAAGGGAGGAAGAGGAGUCUGUAAUGGCAAACUUAGUGGACCUAGACCCAGAGAUUGGUUCGCUAACUGCACAUCUCGACGGAGAGCCAGCUCAUGCCAUAGUGUCAAAUCAACGUCAGCGGUCUAUUGAGAUCAAGACGAAUGUGCUGGGCGUUUUACCUACAUUCUCUGGACGGAGGAAUGAGUGUCCUUAUGAGUUUUUGAACGAGUUUAGUAAGCUAUGUAGCAUCCAGAAAAGGCCUAACGAAACUACCGAGGAGGACUAUCGCCUGCGAGCGAUUCCAUUUGCAUUGAAAGGAGAGGCAAACACUUGGUUGCUGAGGCUUCCACCUGACUCGAUCACCACAUGGAGGGAUUUCAAAUUGGAGUUCCUGGACUAUUUCUUUCCGUCCAAUAAGACAAACGCUUUGAAAAAAGAAAUUCAAGAGUGUAAGCAGGACUACGAUGAAUCUUUAAGCCAAUAUUGGUCUCGGUUUAAAGGCCUGCUUGACGCUUGCCCAAAUCACAGGAUGACGGAGGCUGAAACAUUUUAUCUAUUCUACGAAGGGGCAAAUCCUGAGUCCAAGGACUUAAUGAAUUCCUCGAGCGGGGGGAAUUUCACCAAGAAUAAGGCAAGCGAGGCACGCGAGAUUCUGGGAAGAUUAAUCGACGCGAAGAAGGCGUAUGACUGCCCGCGUGCUAUCAUGAGGAGAAGCUCCGCGAACACAGUUAAGGAACGAGAAGGAGAAGAGGUUAGAGACAGAAUAGAUCGACUGGAGAAGGCACUGCUAAAUGCCAUUGAAAAGAAAAAUACCCCUGGGUCGACUGAUAAGGAAAAAAACCCAGGUCAAGAGGAACAUCAGCUUCAAUUUUACAAUAAUCCCUCACUCGAUGGAGAUUUCCAAGCUCAAGUGAAUGCAAUGGGGAAUUGGAAUCAAAGUAAUCAAAAUACCAACUGGAACCAGUGGAAGAUUAAGGAGGCACCAUGGAGGGACAAUCCUUGUUUCAGAUGGGCUGAAGGGAACCAACAACCACAGUCACAACACCCAGGUCCAGCGGAGAACCAGCAGACAUGGCCCAGCCGGAAUCAGGAAGGACCACAGCAUAAUUCUAACUGGGCAGGGAAGCAGCAAGAGGGGCUGAACAACUGGAAUUUCCGUAACCAAGGGGAUCAGCAUAACUGGAACAACAGGAACCAGAGCAACCAAGGGAAUUCUUAUGUGCCACCGCAUCAGAGGAACAAUUCAGGAAACAAUCAAAAUUUCCAACAGAGUCACCCAGGUCCAGCAACCCAGUACAACAAUAAUCAAGGAGGUCAGGGAAAUUUUCGCCAGAACCAGGUGGUUGGAACCAAUCAAAAUCAAGGAUUUAAUCCCAGUUCAAUUCAAGGUUUCCGACCACAGCGGAAUCUUGAUGACAUGGUGCAUGACCUGGUAAAUUUCCAACAACACAUGCAGAAUAACAUGCAGGCUAACAAUGACGUGGUGCACAAAAUUCAAGAUGCCCAGCAGGAGCAGAAGUCUGCCAUGGACAUGUUGGCAAAGCAGAUGUCCCAGUUGGCCACGUCGCUGAACGAAAUGCGGGGAAAUGAAGGGAAAUUGCCUGCCACUGUCAAACCACCAGACCGAGCAAAUAUUAGUCAAAUUACCUUGAGAUCGGGGAAAGGCUAUGAAGGACCGAAGCAAGUGAUAAACGAGGAGACACCCUCACAGAUGAACGGAGAAAAGGGGAAUCAGAAGUCUCGAGGAGAUGAUCCUGGACUCAGAGAAAUUCCUAUACAGGAUGACCUCCAGGAGGGAGAUUUAAGGGGAUCUAUGCCUCGACUAAGUGACCCAUUUUUCCUUGAUCCAGAACCUGAGUUGGAACUUAAAGAGGGAAGCAGGGAGACAGGUGCAGCCCCAGCAGGGAGUUCCACGAAUGCAGUAAAGCGACCCAAACCAUUCCCAUAUCGAGGAGAAGCCAAGAAAAAGAAAGAUGAUACUGAGGACCUUGUGGAAAUAUUUAGUAAGCUGGAGAUUAACCUACCCUUUUUGCAGGCUCUGAAAAUACCCACCUUCAGCAAGUUCAUCAAGGAAUUCAUAGCAGGAAAAACCAAACCUGAUGGGAAGAUUGUUAUAGGAGAAAAUGUAUCCGCCGUGAUACAAAAGAGGAGGAUGCCGUCAAAGUGUACAGAUCCAGGUAUGUUCACUCUUCCUAUUUCUAUAGGUGAUAUUAAAAUUGAGCAUGCCAUGUGUGAUCUAGGUGCUUCGAUAAAUGUCCUACCGCUGUCAAUAUAUAAAAAAUUGGUGGGAGUCAGUUUGGUCGAUACUAAAGUAGUGAUUCAGUUGGCCGAUAGAACAUGCAUAUCGCCUGAGGGAGUAUUGGAAAAUGUCAUAGUCAGAGUGCAUGAUUUCCUAUACCCAGCUGAUUUUCAUGUGAUAAAAAUGAGGGGUAAUGAAUCUGCUGAGUCUAGUGGGGUGUUACUGGGGAGACCCUUCCUUCGCACCGCGAAGACUGUUAUUGAUGUGUUUGAUGGAACCAUAUGCCUGGACUAUCAUGGGGAGAAAUACACCUUCAACAUUGAAGAAGCUAUGAAAAAACCGCUUGAUGUUGAAAACUUGCAUGUUGUAGAUGUAAUUAACCCCCUAGUCCAAGAAUAUCUUGAGACUGAACUAAUGCAGGAACAGUUUGACAAUUCGGAGCUGAGCCAGACUGUAGAAAAGGAGGUGACAGGAUGGUGUGAAACUUUUUUCACACAGGACUUGACAGAUGAUCAGAUCAAUGAAGCGAUCAUGGCAUUCUGCCACCAGCCACUAUCAUUCCAAUCAGCCAGAUCUGUUCAGGAGAAGAGCCCAGACGAGGGAGCGAAUCUAGAGGAAAUGGCGCCAAGAAGUAAGGCGGAGAACCCUUUACCUCAGGAAGCCAUCACACCGAAGAAGGAGUUGAAAACUUUGCCUGAAAAUUUAAAGUAUGCAUACCUGGAGGAAGGAGAAACUUGUCCAGUGAUAAUUAACAGCCGCUUGACUGAAGACCAAGAGAGUGCGCUGCUGGAAGUAAUAAGGAGGAACAAGAAGGCCAUAGGGUGGACACUUUCUGACCUAGUUGGAAUUAGCCCUGAUCUUUGCAUGCACCACAUCAGACUAGAGGAAGGGGCAAAGGCUCGGCGUGAUCCACAAAGGAAACUGAAUCCAAACAUGAGGGAGGAAGUGCUCAAGGAAGUUCUGAAACUACUGUCCCUUGGAAUCAUAUACUCUAUUCCAGAUAGCGAGUGGGUCAGUCCGGUUCACAUGGUACCGAAGAAAUCUGGAAUACAAGUGGUGAAGAAUGACAAGAACGAGUUGGUGCCUACUCGACUGGUCACUGGAUGGAGGAUGUGCAUCGACUAUAGGAAACUAAAUGAAGCCACCAAAAAGGAUCAUUUUCCUUUACCAUUCAUUGACCAGAUGCUAGAGAGGCUGGCUGGCAAACAGUAUUUCUGUUUCCUCGACGGAUAUAGCGGUUAUUUCCAGAUUUUCGUGAACCCAGAGGACCAGGAAAAGACCACAUUUACAUGCCCUUUUGGAACUUAUGCCUACCGAAGGAUGCCAUUUGGUCUAUGUAAUGCACCAGGGACAUUCCAACGUUGUAUGAUGAGUAUUUUUUCGGAUCUACUAGAGGUGUGCAUCGAGAUAUUCAUGGAUGAUUUCACUGUAUAUGGAGGCUCAUUUGACACUUGUUUAGCCAGCCUUGACCUAGUGCUGCAAAGAUGUCAAGAGAAACAUCUAGUUCUGAAUUUUGAAAAAUGUCACUUCAUGGUAACUGAGGGGAUUGUUUUAGGUCAUGUGGUCUCUGAAAGAGGAAUACAAGUGGACAAGGCAAAGGUGGAAGUGAUUGCAAAGCUACCUUACCCUACAAAUCAAAAGGAAGUUAGAGGAUUCCUCGGUCACGCAGGGUUUUAUCGAAGGUUUAUCAAGGACUUUGCAAAAAUUGCGCAACCACUCACUCAUUUGCUGCACAACGAUGUGGAGUUCGAGUUUGAUGAGGGAUGCAAGAGGGCAUUUCAAUUGCUCAAGGAGAGACUAGUGUCCGCACCAAUUAUCAGGGCACCGGACUGGAAUCACCCUUUUGAGAUAAUGUGCGACGCGAGCGAUUUCGCUGUGGGAGCCGUCCUAGGGCAGAAGAUAGAUGGGAAAAACUACGUAAUUUUCUAUGCGUCCAAGACACUAAAUCAAGCUCAGAAGAAUUACGAUACUACGGAGAAGGAAAUGUUGGCUGUCGUCUACUCGUUCGAAAAAUUCCGCCCUUAUCUUCUUGGGUCAAAGGAGUUUGAUUGGGAAGUAAGAGACAAAAGAGGAACAGAGAAUCGAGUGGCUGACCACUUGAGUAGAAUUCAUCAAGGAGAUACGGACGAGGCUAUUCCCGAUGUUUUUCCCGAAGAGCAUUUGUACUAUAUGGACGAACCACCUAGACCGAUAAGCUGGGAAUCUGUCUUAGUUUUAACCGGUCCAGGAGAAUCUGAUCGAGGAAAGCGCGUACGUAACGCAGAACCAUGGUACGCAGACCUGGCAAAUUACUUGGUCACGGGAGAGGUGCCAAGUUCAGAGGAAGCCUCCCGGGCCCAGAAGAUGAAGCUUAAAAGCGAAGCCAAAUAUUACUUCUGGGAUGAUCCUUAUCUUUGGAAGAUGUGUGCAGAUCAGAUAAUUCGACGUUGCAUUCCUGAAUGGGAACAAAGAGAUGUACUCCAUCAUUGUCACUCCUUGGCGUGUGGAGGGCAUUUCGGACCAAGGAGAACCGCAAGGAAAGUUCUAGACAGUGGAUUCUACUGGCCUACAUUGAACAAGGAUGCCUUUGAAUACUGUCAAUGCUGCGAAAGGUGUCAACAGACAGGGGGAAUCUCGAGACGAGAUGAGAUGCCCCAAGUGCCCAUAGUGAUCUGCGAAAUUUUCGAUGUUUGGGGGAUGGAUUUUAUGGGCCCAUUUCCGUCGUCGUACGGAAAUGCUUACAUAUUGGUCGCUGUAGACUACGUUUCCAAAUGGAUAGAGGCGAAGGCUACGCCCACUUGUGAGUCUAAAGAGGUGGCCAAGUUUCUGAAGUCAAACAUUUUCAGCAGAUAUGGAGUUCCUAGAGCGAUUAUCUCAGAUCAAGGAACACACUUCUGCAACCGCACUAUAGAAGCGCUCAUGAGGAAAUACGGCGUGCAUCAUAGAUUGUCUACACCAUAUCACCCCCAAUCGAAUGGGCAAGCUGAAGUCUCUAAUAGGGAGAUAAAGAGUAUUUUGGAAAAAUCAGUUAACACCACAAGGAAGGAUUGGAGUAAACGCCUUGACGAUGCUUUGUGGGCGUAUAGAACUGCUUACAAGACACCAAUCGGGAUGUCACCUUAUAGGUUGGUGUUUGGGAAAAUGUGUCACUUACCCGUGGAAGUGGAGCACAAGGCAUACUGGGCCAUUAAGGAAAUGAAUAUGAAGUCUGUGGCAUGUGAAGAAGAAAGGAAGCUGCAAUUACAGGAGCUGGAGGAACUACGGCUAGAGGCAUUCGAUUCAGCAAUGUGGUACAAGGAAAGAACGAAGCUCUGGCACGACAAGAACCUCCGGGUCAAGGAACUUCAGGUGGGGCAGAAAGUACUUCUAUUUCAGUCCAGACUCAAGCUAAUGCCAGGGAAGUUGAAGUCAAAGUGGGUAGGUCCAUAUACCAUCGUUGGCCUCCGCGCACACGGAGCAGUGGAAAUCCAGGGAAGUGCUCCUAACUCGGUCCCUUUUCUUGUUAAUGGCCAUAGAUUGAAAGUCUAUAGGGAUAAUUCUGAGCUAUGCGUAGUGGAGGAAAUACCACUACGUGCGCUCUCAGUUAUCACUUAGCCAGACAAAGGAAUAUUCUCGAUGAACUCCUGGGUCAAGGGAAAUGUUAUGUUUUUACACACUGAUCCAGGGGAUUCGAGAAUAUUCAAAGGUAAUUGUACAUAGUUUAAUUGCUUUAGAAGACAAAGAAAAUCCAAACAAAAUAAAAAUUCAAAAAUUUCCAAAAAUAUUUUCGAAGACCCAAACUCAAAGGGGAUUUAUGUCUCGUACUUUAACCUUGACCCAGGAGUCUGGGGUCUUCAUAUUUUUUUAGGUCGCGGUCAAGGGAAUCAAUUAGAGGAAGAGUGCAUGAAGGAGCAGUUGAGGAGGGAAGUUAUAAUUUGAAAUUCAAAAUGCCGACAAUUAUGGAGGAGUACGGUCG